GCCACUCUGGACUACCCAGAAAACAUCACUAUUUUUUUUUUUAAAAAAAAAAAUCAGCAACCUCAACCCAUCCCCCAAGAAAAACAAUCCUUCUUUUGACUUUGCAACUCAAAGAAACAAAGACCAGCCGGAACCUACCUCGAGAAUGUUUCCAAGUUUCUACAGAGCCAAUCAAGUGGAUGCGCAACCCAAUACGACUGCACAGAGUGGGACUGGUCGUAAGACUGCGCCGAUGAAUCCCUCCCAUCUUAAUAAAGCGGUUCGAAAAGAUCCGGCUGUCUUCCCGUUGGCUAUCAUCAUCGGUGGCGUGAUCUGUGCGGCUGGUUACUUCGCAUUCAAUAAAGCUCCCAAGGAAGGCGGCGGUGUCGAAUCGGUCGGCCCCCAGAAGAGAAACUAUAAAGAUGAAGUAAAUCAAAACCCUCAAACAAACCUCGUCAAAAAAGUAUUCUUCCCAAAGACAGUAGUUUUGUUCUUCUUUUUGCUCAACACCCAUGGCUCGAUAUUCUCUCAGAAAAAAAAACGCUGGAUGUGAAUCCAGCCAUCGUCUUGGAGGAUCUUCUGAACGACGUCUUCACGAAAUCCACUUGAUCGAUUCUUUUAUUUUCUAUCCUCAUCGUCAUCAUUAACCUUGCUCUAUCACGUUCGAUGUUUCUUUUCCCGCUCUCUCGCUCUCUCUCCCUCUGUAUGUUUGAUCCACACUUGUGAAUGAAUGAAGCUCGUUCAUGAUGUAUCUUUGUUUUUUCACAUCCAGUGAAACAAAUUGUACGGGAAACCAACAAGCUUAGCAACCGAAGAUGUAGCUUAAUUAUCCGCUGGAUGUAUCUCUCCUUCAAGUUCAUACAUACAUGAAGAUGUUUUGGCUACUAGCUCUUGCUUCUAUUGACCAAUUAUAAACUUAUCACUCGAUGUAUACGCUGGUUGUUUUAGUGAGCACAGUAUAAUCCUCCUGAGAUUUCAGAGCAAAGUCAUCACAAGAUUCCUACUCUGG